ACCAGGUACGUCCAUCAGCAAACCUUCGAUGCAUCCAUGCAUUAAUGCCUCGAAUAGUACCAGAUGCCCUACCAGAUUCCCUUGGAUAUGGAAGGAUACAAUGAGCAGCUCCCAAGUUGCUGCACUGACAGCAGUAGCCGUCGUAGCAGCGUCGGCUUCAAUUCGAAGGGGGUCAGGCGAAAGUCGCCUGUGAGGCACGUCGAAGGGGUAUCAAUCGAGCAACUUCCUCCUCUCCGAGCUCAUGUGAGACUCAUGUUGGCAACAAUAGCCAUGGUCCUUGUGAUCAAUCAGUUCUAUGAGCCGAAUGUAAUGGGAGCUCGAUUGGCUACUGGCACAAACAGCAGCAGCGUUGCGUCCACAGCGCAGAUGAUUGCUCCUCAUGGCGCCUGUGGUUUCAGAGAGUACCCAGACCAACAGUACUACAACAGUGACUUUCUGGCCGAUGAUGAUAACCGAGGUAGACUCAGGAGACAUGGGAACAAGGGACAGUCGGCUCGACCAUUCCUCGCAGAGGCUGACUACAUCUAUGGGGAAGUUCCCAUUCUACUGACGCCGUCGCCAAAGUUUGGAGGAGGUGGCAAGAUUUGUCUUGACGAUAAAGGAGCUAACGCCGGCUCUCACUACGUGGCAUUUGCAGAUGGAACCAACCCAACCAUCCUGUCCGUGGCCCGUGUCAAGCAACGACUCCCUUCUCAUCACCCUCUGCUCCAACUUCUUGACACGAUAAUUGCAGACAUCGCAAAGGAGUCCACCGACGCGACAUCAAGUACCAAGGCUAAGCCCGCCUUUGUGGGUACAGUUCUGUUUAAAAGGCCCGAAGCAAUGCAGUGCUACUAUGGGCAGCCAGAGCAACCCGAGGACCUCUUCCAGUCGCAGGGCUUUCAACAUCAACGGUAUGAACAAGGCACAUUCUUCGCCAUCCUUGAUGCCCACGGCCGCAUUCUCUGGAAGACACCCAUCACCCUGACCCCAGCACUGCAGUAUUUGCAGGCAACUGCGAGACGGCUGGCAACAUCCGACACUUCCAGCACAGUUGGCAACAACAGCGUUGAGCUUGAUCCAGCCGACAUUGCCAGUGAAAGCAGCCCACAUCAUAAAGCAUUUGAUACGCAUGACGUGUUUGACGAUCCGCGGCUCUUCCUUCAUGAUGGGCAGAUUUGGAUCAGUUCUCAUGGCAAUCGCCGUGGCUUUCAGAGUCACAACCAAAUUCACUUUGCACCAGUAGCAGCUGAAGAUGGCAAUGGCAGUACUUUCGUUGCUCGCAUUGACGAACAAGAUACAGUCCCGGUCUGCUGUGGACGAAACAUUGGAGUGCUGGAGCAAACAAGCAACACUGCAACGGCAAUGUCGUCGUCGCCAUCCGCAGUAAACCCCCUUGCCGUGUUGCCGUGGAUUGACCCAGUCACUUUUAUGCGGGUUAAUGGCAACGGGACAGCAGUGCAACCGGACGGCCAACCACUAGCUUCUGGGCCAAAGGCGGGGACUGCCAACAAGAGGAAGAAAAAGCGCGUGACAAGCCAUUUUCAUGGAACCAAUGGGUUCUUGUUGUAUCUGCCCGAAACCAACGAAUACCUUGGCAUUGGACACUUCCACAAGGGAGCCCACAAGCCAUUUGCCGUAUGGGGGCAUCAUUACACACACGCAUUCUACACCAUCUCAGCAGGCAACGAAAAUGACCACCACUAUCAACUGACCCGACUCUCCCCCGAGUUUGUCUUUGCAUCCAAGAGUGCUCGGUCUGAGCACGAAGCGGAUGGAGACGUAAUCCAGUUUGCCAGUGGGAUGGAGAUUGUCUCUCAUGAUGAUGGGGUCGAGUACGUUGUAAUCUCGUAUGGGAUCAACGAUUGCGAGAGUGCCAUCGUGUACGUGGAAAUGUCGCGAGUGGUGGAGCUCCUUCGACCCGUAGACGAUGGUCUACGUGUUGUAGACUUUAUGGCAAGGGCGUGACCGAACCAGAUGCCAACAACUUUAAUCAUAGUCUGACAAGAAUUGAAUCCUGGCGGGCUGAAAGCGCUGAUUCGCAUUACUUGUUACAACACUACGGAAUGGAUAUGCCAAUUUCGCCCGUUAGCCAUAUCUCUUUGUAAAGGAAAUUGUUUGGAUUUCUGGAGAGCCAGUGAGUGGUGAGUCCAUCCAGAUGUGCAAUAUGGCCGUGAAGACGCGUGUAGUGGGAGAGAGGAGCAGUGAAGUUUUUGUCAGCGGGAGCAGGCAAAAGAUGGGGGUACAGAGCAAAUUGGACUCCUCUAGAGCAAUUGGUCGCACCUCUACCGUAGGUAGGAAAUUUUGUGGCAAUUAAUAACUAAAUUGGUCGCACCUCUAUGGGAACUUGGACGCACCUCUGGGG